AUGGACACCCUGAAGCAGAAGUUGGCGCCCAUCUUCGACGACAAGAUCAUGUCGCCCGAGCGCUAUGAUGCAAUGCUGGGCAUGAUCAAGAAGGGUCGUUCCCGUGAGCUGGCCGUAACAGCACUGAUGGCAGAGGCAUGCUUCCAGCAUGCUUUCAUGAAGAAUGAUCUUGACGUGAUCAGGGCCCAGCUGAAGAAGGUUGAAGAGGGUGUGGUCAAAACUUUGGUGUGCCCGGUUUUCCUGUCGAAAGCUCGUGCUAUGGUCAACCCAUCGGCUGAGCAGAAGGAGCCUGAGGCGAAGAAGCCCAGGCUUCGGGCUUAG